UGCACAGCAAUAUUUUGGGCAGGAUCAUCCCGGUGUCACCUGUCUCCAGCGUAGGCAGCUUUCCUCAGGUAGUUUGUCCCAGUGGCAGCACCGUAGCGCUUCUCCAGUCCAGGAAGACGGGAGUGAGAAGCGCAGAGGAGGGAGGGGGAGAAAAGGAAAGUGCCUGGAAAACAGUGUUGUGUUUUCUUGCAGAGGAGGGACGUCACAGCCCGACCACAGACAGCAGAAGUACGAACAGGAUCAUACCAAGACCGGAGAGAGAAGUUCAGUCGGACAAAUCAAAACAUACGACCUCACUGCAGAAAAAACAAAGUUGGCUUCCUGAGGCGACUCAUUAGCGAGUGAUUGAAUUAUCAGAAUAUUAUGUAUGCAUCGUGACGAGUCGCUGCUGCUUGCUAUUAAGGGUCCGGGCUGAAAACAAGGGACUGUUUAUGGUUUUUCGUUCUUCCCCCUCUCUUUCUCUCCCAACAAAUCGGCGGAGGUUUUGCGCACAACCGGGAGGUGCCGCUGACUGUCGGCAGGAGGGAAUGAAAGUUUGCCAGGCGGGCGGAAUUUUAUUCGACGUAAACACUUCUUGUUUUUGACACCGGGGCCGUGUAUUUCAUUUAAAUACACGCUGUAUUGACUUUUAAAAACUGUGGACAUUAACAGAGCCGAGCGGGGACAUCGAAAUCCAGGCAGAAAUCCUGUUUAAGGCGUGUGCGUGGGUUGCGCCGUAACAUGACGGCUGUGGCAGAUUGACGAGGAGAUCACGAGCGCCGCUGUUUAGGAUCGUGAAGUUCUGCCUGUGUAUUUACAUAUUUUCGCGAUUACCUGCAUAUCUACCCCUCGUGUAUUGACUAAUCUUACUGUUUGACUGAGGUAGGCUCGGCUUAACUUACGCAGUGCUGCCAAAAUGAGUGUAGAGACGGAGCGCAGUGUGGCACAUCUGAUUCGAGCUCGUGUAAAUGUUGCCAUGCAAUCUUUAGGAUUAUAGGCUCAACCACAGCCUUUAUCAUCGAUAACUGCAGAAUCUCGCCUUCACAAUCGGAUCGCUUUGGCCUUAAAAGAGCCGUUUGUUCUCCCGUAAAGAAGAAGAAACAAACAUUUUAUGGUCCGAAAUCCUGCAGCUGUUGUCGGUUGAGCUGGUCGCGGCCAAAUGUUUCAGCGGGGACCUCGCAAGUUUUUCUGAACUGCCCCUUGAAAUAAACAUUGUGAUUAAAAAAUAACAUUAGCAGUCUUCGAGGACGUCUUUUCAAUAGUCUUCAGAAAUCGUUGUGAAAAUGUCAGAAAACGCACCUACGCGGAGUCUGGAUGACAUCGACCUGGCCGCCCUGCGGGACCCAGCAGGGAUCUUCGAGUUGGUGGAGGUCGUGGGCAACGGCACCUAUGGACAAGUUUACAAGGGUCGUCAUGUUAAGACAGGUCAGCUGGCAGCCAUAAAAGUCAUGGAUGUGACUGAGGAAGAAGAGGAGGAGAUUAAAGCGGAGAUUAACAUGCUGAAGAAGUACAGUCACCAUAGAAAUAUCGCCACCUACUAUGGAGCCUUUGUGAAGAAGAGUCCUCCUGGACACGAUGACCAGCUCUGGUUGGUGAUGGAGUUUUGUGGUGCCGGCUCAGUAACAGACUUGGUGAAGAACACAAAAGGCAACUCUUUAAAAGAAGACUGGAUCGCCUAUAUCUGCAGAGAGAUCCUUAGGGGUCUGUCUCACCUCCAUGCUCAUAAAGUCAUCCACCGAGACAUCAAGGGACAGAAUGUGCUGCUUACAGAGAACGCAGAGGUUAAACUGGUGGAUUUUGGGGUGAGCGCACAGUUGGAUCGUACUGUCGGCAGAAGAAACACUUUCAUUGGCACUCCAUACUGGAUGGCCCCAGAAGUCAUUGCCUGUGAUGAAAAUCCCGACUCCACCUAUGAUUACAGGAGUGAUAUCUGGUCUCUGGGAAUCACUGCUAUAGAAAUGGCUGAAGGAGCACCUCCGUUGUGUGACAUGCAUCCCAUGCGAGCUUUGUUCCUUAUCCCACGGAACCCUCCUCCCAAACUGAAGUCCAAGAAAUGGUCUAAGAAGUUCAUUGACUUCAUCGAGGGCUGUCUGGUAAAGUCAUAUCCGAAUCGUCCGUCCACUGAACAGCUCCUGAAACACUCAUUCAUCAGAGAUCAGCCCACUGAAAGACAAGUCCGCAUCCAGCUCAAAGAUCACAUCGACAGAACACGCAAGAAACGUGGCGAAAAAGAGGAGACAGAGUACGAGUACAGCGGCAGUGAUGAAGAGGAUGAGAACAGAGGAGAUGAGAGAGAAUCCAGCUCUAUUUUGAAUGUUCCUGGUGAGUCGACGUUGCGGAGGGAUUUCCUGCGGCUGCAGCAAGAAAAUAAAGAGCGUUCAGAGGCCUUAAAGAGACAGCAGGCGCAGCUCGCCGCUCAGCGCAGAGACCCUGAGGAGCAUAAACGCCAGCUGCUGCACGACCGGCAGAAGCGCAUAGAGGAGCAGAAAGAGCAGAGGCGACGCUUAGAGGAGCAACAGAGGAAGGAGAGAGAGAUGGUGCGGCAACAACAGGAUAAAGCUCCUCACCGGAGACUCGAUGACAUGAGACGAGAGGAGGACAGGAGGUUGGCAGAGAGAGAGCAGGAGUUUAUAAGACAUAAGUUGGAGGAAGAGCAGCGGCAGUUAGAGAUACUGCAGCAGCAAUUACUGCAGGAGCAGGCAUUGCUAAUGUUGUACAAUAAACACUGCUCAGACUCUUCAGUAAAUGAGUAUAAGCGUAAACAGCUGGAGGAGCAGAGACAGUCAGAGAGGCUUCAGAGGCAGUUACAGCAGGAACAUGCGUAUCUGGUCUCUCUACAGCAACAGCAGCAGCAGCAAGACAAGAAACCACAGAUGUAUCACUACAGCAAGAACCUAGAGAACAACAAACCAGCCUGGGCUAGAGAGGUCGAGGAGCGCAGUAAGCUGAACAGACAGGGCUCUCCCAAAAUCUGCACCACGGUCUCUGACACUAAUAUUCAAUCCCGCUCUGAGUCAAUCAACCAAUCAGGAGCUGCGCAGACGCCGCCCAUGCAGAGACCUGUGGAGCCGCAGGGUGGACAGGGAAAGUUCCAGAUGGCCCAUCUAGUGCCGUUAAAACCAUACGCCGCUCCAGUCCCUCGCUCUCAGUCUCUUUGUGAUCAGCCCACUAAGACCAUGUCCGCCUUCCCCACCCAGGACCCCUCACCCACACCCACACCUCGUCCUCUACACUCCAGAGAACUAGUCCGUCAAAACUCUGACCCCACCUCAGAGACUCCUGCCCCUCAGUCCCGGCCAAUGAGAGACGACCGCGGACCCUGGAUCCGUCUUCCUGAGAUUGAACAACCUCCUAAAAUUCCUCAGAGAACAGCCUCUAUAGCCACUGCACUGAACACAAAUCUCUCCUCUGGUAUCAGACACCCAGUCCGAGCAAGUAAUCCAGAUCUGAGUCGCAAUGAGCGCUGGGAGAGAGGAGACAGCAUGAGCAUCAUGUCCAACCUGCCACAGACCGGCUCUCUGGAGAGACACCGCAUACUCAGCUCAUCUAAGAUGGAUUCCUCUCCAACCCUCUCUCAUGAUGGCCGACACAAACCAGGAGAAUCCCGAACCUCAUCUAGACCCAGCAGACCAGCGAGCUAUAAGAGAGCAAUAGGAGAGGAUCAUGGUCUGUACUCUAAGGAGCGAGCAGAGGAGCAGCCGCGGCCCCCUGUGAAGGCCAACGACUACUCCUCUUCCUCAGAGAGCAGUGAAAGCAGCGAAGAGAGUGAAAGUGGAGAAGGAGCAGAGGAGGAAAGCCCUACUGACCGCCCCCGUGAUGCAGAUUCUGACUCUGUGAACACUAUGGUUGUCCAUGAAGAGGAGGAAGGUGAAGGAGGAGAAGAAGAACGUGCUGGAGGAUAUGGAGACCAAACCAUGCUUGUGCAGAGGACUCCAGAGAAGCGCAGUCAUAAUGGAUACACCAACCUGCCUGAUGUGGUUCAGCCUUCUCACUCUCCCACAGACUCGGCCUCCCACUCCUCCCCCGGGAAAGACUCUACUUAUGAUUAUCAGUCCAGGGGAUUGGUCAAGGCCUCUGGAAAAUCCUCUUUUACUACCUUUGUGGACCUUGGAAUGUACCAGCCAUCAGGGGGUAGUGGAGAUAACAUUUCUGUUGGAGGUCUGGGCUCUCGUUUUGAGCAGCUAAAGCUGGAGGUGAGGAAGGGCUCCAUGGUCAAUGUCAAUCCCACAAACACACGUCCGGUCAGUGACACUCCUGAAAUCCGCAAAUACAAGAAGAGAUUUAACUCUGAGAUCCUCUGCGCUGCUCUCUGGGGUGUGAAUCUGCUGGUCGGGACAGAGAAUGGUCUGAAGCUGCUGGACAGAAGCGGUCAGGGUAAAGUGUAUCCACUGAUCAACUCGCGCAGAUUUCAGCAGAUGGAUGUCCUGGAGGGACUGAACCUCCUCAUCACUAUAUCAGGCAAGAAGAAUAAGGUACGCGUGUAUUAUCUGGCCUGGCUGAGGAAUAAGAUCCUCCAUAAUGACCCAGAGGUGGAGAAGAAACAGGGCUGGACCACUGUAGGGGAAAUGGAGGGCUGUGUGCACUAUAAAGUGGUGAAAUAUGAAAGGAUUAAGUUUCUGGUUAUCGCUCUGAAGAAUGCAGUGGAGGUUUACGCCUGGGCUCCAAAACCUUACCACAAGUUCAUGGCCUUCAAGUCAUUUGGAGACCUGCCGCACAGACCUGUGUUGGUUGACCUCACAGUGGAAGAGGGUCAGAGGUUAAAGGUCAUCUAUGGCUCCUUGGCUGGCUUCCAUGCCAUUGAUGUUGACUCUGGAAACAACUACGACAUCUACAUUCCUGUACAUAUCCAGUCACAGAUCACUCCUCACGCCAUCGUGUUCCUGCCCAACUCAGAUGGGAUGGAGAUGCUGUUGUGUUAUGAGGACGAAGGUGUUUAUGUCAACACGUACGGACGCAUCAUUAAAGAUGUGGUGCUGCAGUGGGGAGAAAUGCCCACAUCAGUAGCCCACAUUUGCUCUAAUCAGAUUAUGGGUUGGGGAGAGAAAGCCAUUGAGAUCCGUUCUGUUGAGACGGGACACCUGGAUGGAGUCUUCAUGCACAAGAGAGCCCAGAGGCUUAAGUUCCUGUGUGAACGGAACGACAAGGUGUUUUUCGCGUCAGUGCGUUCCGGUGGCAGCAGCCAAGUUUACUUCAUGACCCUCAACAGAAACUGCAUUAUGAACUGGUGAAAGAACAUGGGUUCUGCUGUGUACACACAUUCAAACACUGAAGAGAUAAAGUCCUCGCACACUACAACACCCUCAAACACUUUGUAAAUACACAUUUACUCUCACACACACUCACACUUUCCUGCACAAACCUACAGACACAUCUUCCUGAAGACACUCCUCCACCAUUCUCCUGUGAUCUCUGAGCCAACUGAGCCCUGCUGACCUCAGUUCAUCCAGUUCCACACGGUUAGCUUUCAGUUCACCGGGGCCAACGUUCCUCCGAUGCUUUUAGGACUAGACAAAAGGCUAACUGUACAUACAUUGUACCAGAGAUGCGUGUAAACAAAACGAUGCGUGUAAACAAAACUAUGAGAAUCGUUCGGUUGUUGCGCGUUUGUGACGCAGCAGACAUGUGUGCGUGUGUUUCGAGAGACUUUAUAAGCUACUUUGAGCAGCAGAAACAACUUGAACCUGCAGUGGUGUGAGGUGGUACUGCCACAUCUGUAAUUUUACCAUUUGACCACUGUAUAGUGUAGUAGUCGUUUGUUCUUGGUUGCGUUCAGAGUUUCAGAUUCAAGUGAUUAUAAUGUUUUCUUUCAGCAAGUAGAAGUUUAGAGGAAUCUUGAGUUUUAGCAUAUUCCAAGACGGCUUCUCUUCCGAACGAGGGAAGGUUUUCGCUUUCUUGAUGUAUAAACAAUAAUCUUUCACCAAACUGUUUGUUGGAUGGGAACAUCGGUGGCCGCUUACGAAGUACAAUCCAGCGCUUUUCCACUAGUAGUUUGCUGGUGAAAACAAGCCACCCACGAUGGAGCAGCAGUCUCUGGUUUUGCUUUUCAAAGCACUUUUUUUUUAUUUUUGUUUUCUUUGGAUGUGAGAAGUAUCAUCAUAUCUACUACAGUUUGAUAUUCUCCGUAUGUAAACGUAUUUGGUAUUACUCCUACUUUUAUUAUCUGCUGUUCUAUAGCUGUUCUAUUGCAAUACGUGAUGUGUGCUCGUUCUUGUUCGAAGUUUUACAGGGGGUCUUCUCUUGAUUUCAGAAAGGAAGAUGAAGUUGAAGGUGCUUUUUGGCAGCAUAAACGUGUAGUUCGGACGUCUCCGUGUAAAUUGUACAUAGCAGCCAUGAUCGUAUUUAGAUAACAUUUGUAGGCACAUGAUUAUUAUUAUUAUUAUUAUUAUUAUUAUGGUUUUUAAGAAUUGAAUCACUACACAACUGCGUUAAACACUUGAGAGUGAUUUUAUAACCGAGUCAUGUGUUUUUGCUGUCAAAAUUGCUUUUGGAAAGUGUAGUUGUUUUAGGCAGAUUUGUAGUUCAACGGGAAAUGUGCGCAUUUGACCUGAACAUCUUAAUAUUUGGAACUCCCCCACCAUUUUAUAGCAACAAAACGUCAUGUUGUAGAUGAGGACUCGAUGGAUCGGAACAUAAAUAUUCUUUUGUUUAUCUAACAGUGUGUGAGCGAGUUAUAUAUGUGUGUGAGGGAAAUAUUAAGCGGUAACGUACAGUAGGAUCAGUAUAAAGCAAUAGUUUAAAGAAUUCGUGACGGGUUUGUGCCUGGUGUUAUUGUCUCCAGCUCUGCAAUACUAGACCAGAGAUUAUUCUCAAGCUUUUCACUUUCAUUUUCAUGCAGAUGAUCUACAUUUUUCAACAGUAUUUACCCAAAAACAGAUUCUCUAUUUAAAAAAACAAGAUGGUAUAACACUUAAAGAAAUGCUGCCUUUACAAAUAAGCUUGUGCACACUAAUCACUGAAAUAUUUGACGCACUUUCGUCCUUCCUGAAUAUUUUUCUAGUUUCUAGUCGUACAGUAGCUUGUGGCCGUACAAUCAUAAUCAGUUACCUAACAGCCCCUUUCCUCAAUACCGUCGCACAGUCUAGACGAGCGAUGACACAUUCAGUAAGUCAUCGUGAAAACACUUCAGACAAACAACAUUAUAAAUAGUCACAUUUCAGAGAGAGGUAUUUUUUGUUCAUCAACUAAGACCAAACUUGACUGCUACAGUGCCAUUAUAACAUAAUCAACGCUCUCUCUGAGACUUGCUUUCGCCCCUCAUCCUAUAGAAUUAAAGCAUUUCUUGCUUAGUGAAUCUAACUGCCAUGUUUACUGAAUUAACAGUGCCUUGGAUUGGGGUUGAAUGUGUGUGCAUGUGUGUGUAAGAGAAGGAGCGUGGAGCAUGUGAUUAUUUCAAUACGAAGUGAAGUUCAGGGAAGAGAAAAGUCCAGUGCGCAGUUCGAGCUCUCGUGCCAACAAAGUGCACUUAAACUGACAAGAGCCAGAGCACCAAGACAGGCUCCUCUCACUCCGUUUGAGCACAAAAGCCAUGCCAUAUAGAGUUCAUUCCUCUGGUUUAAAGGCAGUGCUCUCCUCUUGCAGUGUUUAGAUACUUGUAGAGCACCGUAUUAAAGUCCAAACGCCCAACAGUUACAAGAAAUAGCGCACGUUUUUUGGUGGCUGUAUCAUUUUGCCAAAUGGAAAACCUCUGGUGUUGGGCUGCUCACAUGCGUGUGAUGUAAUUCGGUGGAUUGAAUAGAGCUUAUGUUUUAUAGCAAAAUUGUGAUAUAGCAAAGAUUCAUAUUCGCUUUAUAAAUUAGAUAAAAGUUUAUAUUAGGAUUACAGUGGCCUGUCUGGAUGAAUGAAGGAAAUAUAUAUAUAUAUAUGUGUGUAAAAUAUAUCUAAAAUCCCAGAAUUCUUCUUCUUUUUUUGAGCUAAAUAGAUGUGAAUUUAUAUUAAGAGUUUAACGAACAUAACCUGCUCUCUAGAAGCGAAGAAACGAAUGCAUUGAUUAUAUGUAAUAGCAUUUGUCUGGCUGAAGAAUCAUAAUAAUAAUAAUCGAGCACAAGCUUCUGUACAUACGAGUCGUCUCUCUCCCCUCUUUUUCUUCCAGCGAGUGUUAUAAAAGCGAGCGUGUGGGUGUGCGACUCCGCAUGUGUGAAUAGGAGAGCUAUUUUUGCUGUGCGUGCGUGCGUGUGCUGUUCAUUAUUCCCUCAGAGGAAAGAGAGAAGAGAUGGUCGAGGACCAGUUUGGUCAAACAUGCACACAUCAUCACAGAUGCGACUCCAGUCAUGUUUGCGAUGACCAAUUCUACAGUCAUUCUGUCAGCAACUGACCACAGUUCUGAUCUCAUGCAAGAGACUUUUAGAGGAAGAGAUCAUCAAAAAAUAACUUGAGUAUGUUUCUUUUUCUGUUGAACACAAAAGAAGAUAGUUAGAAGAAUGUUGGAAAUCAUUGACCUGCUAUUUUUCUCAAUUUCUUCUUUUGUUUUCAGCAGAAAGAAGAAACCUCAAAGGUUGAGUAAACAAUGAGUAAAUGGUCAUUUUUGGGGUGAACUACCAUAUCAGGGGUCAUUUUGAAGGUACACAUGGUGUUGGCUUUAUUAUGGACGUUAUUGAAUGUAAUCUGAAGAGUUUUAGAGGGUUUAAGUGCACAUGUGAAGAUGAUAUUUGACACUUCAUCCCCCUCCGCGACCGAUUUCAUCAUGAAAUGCCUGUUCUAUUCUCGCGUCUUUCUAAAACCAGUCAGUCUUUCGAAAGCUAGGGCAGUUUGCGUGUAGCGAUCAUGGAGAUCUGUCUGGUUUUUUCCGUUUUAAGGCCUUUUACUGCUGUGUUUGCGGGAUUUAUCUACCCUACAUGCUAUUAGCAGCUAUGCUAACAAGUGGCAUUUCUCUUGUUGUUCUCUUGUAAUCCGAAGUUAAUCCCUUAGCUGAUUUUUGUAAGAUAUUUACUACUCCAAAGAAGAAGAGUUGAUGAUUUGUAGAUCUUUUGUGCUUUUGGUUCAUUCUCAUAGCGGCAGCAGCCAGGACAGGUUAAAGCUUGGGUGUUUUUUUUUGUUUGUUUUUUGGAGGUCUUGAUAAAAGUUGAUCCUCUGUGAUGGGUUGAUUAUCAUUCUUUUCAUUUUACUUCAUAAACGUUUUUCUGUUUCAGAAGAAAGCGGUAGAUGUUUCAGACAUAUUUCUUAGCGUUUCUGUUUAGGAGAGGAAUGCUUCGGAUGAUUUUAAGUCUUAAAGAUUGAAUGCAUUCACAAGUCUGUAAUGUCUCGAUACAACAUUAUUUGAAAAUUAAAAAUAACUUGAUCUGUUAAA